AUGAACGUCAGAACCCUCCAACACAAUGAAGUCGUUCCACGGGAGUUCACCAUAGGACGUACGGCGUUCCAGGUGCUUAGGGAGGCCAUAAAUUCAGUAGUAGCUCCAGUAUCCCUUCUCUGCAAGAUCACAGAAGUGUAUCCUUCAUUUCCAACGGCCCUGGUAGAGAUGCACGGUUGCGAGGUGUUCGAAAUCGUGAUCCCCAAUGAGUCUCUGGAAACUAAACGGCUCACAUAUGACCUGCAACAUAAAAUUGGCAUGGAACUUGGCAUGCUAUUACAUCUGUAUCAGAUGUAG